AUGUCCGUUGUACCUAUGUCCGCUAGGUAUUCCAGCACGAUAAUAUCAGACCACAAACAUCACUAUGGCAUACAUGACAACAUUCAAGUCCUGCCCUGGACCUCUGGAACACCAGAUUUGAACAUCGUGGAAUAUUUAUGGGAUGAGUUGGACAGACGGGUGCGACAGCGUCAUCCACAGUCUCUGUCACAGCGGGUACUACAGGCCGAGUGGGCCAUCAUUCCUCAAGGUCCGAAUAGUACCCUCAUUGCUAUCAUGGUCAUGAGAUUUUUUUACUUCCAGGGUCAAGGAGCUCCAUGUGACCAGUUCACGUGUGCGGAGUUUGCUACCUGUACUAACGGAGAAUGUAUCUGCUCAACGGGCUAUGUCGGCUCCGGCCGAUUUCUGUGUGUGCCAGUCGGGCAGUGCGGCUGCGUCAGUUUCGGUGAUCCCCACACCCGACAGUUCGACCUAGGGAACACUCGAACGGUCCUGCCCUGUCAGUUCAACCUGGCUGGGUUCACCACCGCCUCCGGAUGUGACAUAAGGGUAGAGACUGUCACCAAGCUCAGAAACAACCCUCAGUUCCCCUUCAGGAUCUUCAACAGAGAGCUGCUGGUCACUGCCUCCAGGGACAACACUGUCGUGACCUUCACCCUGGGACCAGGGGGCCAGUCCACGCCUGUGGUAGCAGCUAUACCCGGCGUCAUUGACGCCAUACCCGGACUCCUGGACGUCGUAGUGACCCCCUCCCAGUUCAACGGCUUCUACCGCGCAACGCUUCUUCCAUGUGACACCGUCAUCGCCUACGACCCUGCCCUCAUGGCGGCGACAGUGUCAACUCUACCUACCGCCACCUUCACCAAUGCAGGUUUCUGUGCCAACUGUAACGGGAACCGGGCUGACGACAACGAGUUUCUCGUCGUACCUGGUGUAACGCCAGUAGAAGCUGACCUUGGAUUGAGUCUGCGAGAACUUACCAUCAAUCAGGGCACCCCUGACGCCGCUGUAUGCACUGAUCUGAAAGCCAUUGCAAACACGCCGGCCUGCAUGGUCGACGCCUUCCUCGUCAACGCUAUCAAAUGUUGCAGCAUCUUCUACGACUCUGCCUACGCGGGCUGCCUCCUCAACAACGUCGCCAUUCCGCAGACUCGGGCAUCGCUGCUUGAAACCUACAAGAACUGCAUGUUGCAAUACUGUAUCAACAACAUCCCAGGUGCAGCUGCAAUUGCGCCAUUCUUCGCUCCGUCUGGAUGUCAAGGAGCUCCAUGUGGCCAGUUCACGUGUGCGGAGUUUGCUACCUGUACUAACGAAGAAUGUAUCUGCUCAACGGGCUAUGUCGGCUCCGGCCGAUUUCUGUGUGUGCCAGUCGGGCAGUGCGGCUGCGUCAGUUUCGGUGAUCCCCACACCCGACAGUUCGACCUAGGGAACACUCGAACGGUCCUGCCCUGUCAGUUCAACCUGGCUGGGUUCACCACCGCCUCCGGAUGUGACAUAAGGGUAGAGACUGUCACCAAGCUCAGAAACAACCCUCAGUUCCCCUUCAGGAUCUUCAACAGAGAGCUGCUGGUCACUGCCUCCAGGGACAACACUGUCGUGACCCUGACCCUGGGACCAGGGGGCCAGUCCACGCCUGUGGUAGCAGCUAUACCUGGCGUCAUUGACGCCAUACCCGGACUCCUGGACGUCGUAGUGACCCCCUCCCAGUUCAACGGCUUCUACCGCGCAACGCUUCUUCCAUGUGACACCGUCAUCGCCUACGACCCUGCCCUCAUGGCGGCGACAGUGUCAACUCUUCCUACCUCCACCUUCACCAAUGCAGGUUUCUGUGCCAACUGUAACGGGAACCGGGCUGACGACAACGAGUUUCUCGUCGUACCUGGUGUAACGCCAGUAGAAGCUGACCUUGGAUUGAGUCUGCGAGAACUUACCAUCAAUCAGGGCACCCCUGACGCCGCUGUAUGCACUGAUCUGAAAGCCAUUGCAAACACGCCGGCCUGCAUGGUCGACGCCUUCCUCGUCAACGCUAUCAAAUGUUGCAGCAUCUUCUACGACUCUGCCUACGCGGGCUGCCUCCUCAACAACGUCGCCAUUCCGCAGACUCGGGCAUCGCUGCUUGAAACCUUCAAGAACUGCAUGUUGCAAUACUGUAUCAACAACAUCCCAGCUGCAGCUGCAAUUGCGCCAUUCUUCGCUCCGUCUGGAUGCGCCCUGCCUGUUGGCUAUACCUGCCCUGCUUAAAUCACAACUAAGGAUAACAUGAACACCAAGGGACAUGUUUUGCAGGCUCACCGACAUUCCCUUUUAACAGUACAAAUAACAGACAAUUGGUCGAGUUCUAUAUCAAUUGGU